AUGGGUAUAAAAGAGGCCGCAAUUUUCCUGGAUAACCAAUGGAAUACAUAUUAUGCUGGUCAAACUGUGAACGGAAGGAUUGAGUACGUCUUCGACAGUCCUAAAAAAGUUAGAGGAAUUCAUGUUAAGUUUAAAGGUGAAGCUCACACGGAAUGGAGUGAAAGUAAACAAGAGGAGGACAGUGAUGGUAAAACUCAAUCUACUGAUACACUACACACAGGCAAUGAGGAAUACUUUCAAAUAUCAUACUACCUCCUUGGAAGCAAUACAGGAAAUGAAAUUGAAAUCCCAGCAGGAAAGCAAGUAUAUAACUUUACAUGUGCCCUACCACCAGUUCUACCCUCUUCAUUUGAGGGUGAGCAUGGCUUUGUGAGGUAUACCGUCAAAGUCACAUUAGACCGACCCUGGAAAUUUGACCAAGAGACUAAAAUGGCAUUUACAGUUAUUAAUGCUUUAGACUUGAACUUAAAUACCUCUUACAGGGAACCCAUACAUUUUCAAAUGGAGAAAACAUUCUGCUGUUUUUGUUGUGCUUCACCACCACUAUCUGUUGACGUAAGGGCUCCGGUAUCUGGAUAUUGUCCAGGACAAGUGAUCCCCUUGACAAUUGAUAUUGAGAAUAAGAGUAAUGUUCAACUACACCUCAUCAAAGUUUUUCUAAGGAAGGUUGUAACCUAUCGGGCGACUUCACCUACCACCGCUACUAAAAAGUCUAAAGAUAUUGUCUUAACAAUUCAAGAGGGUCCUGCACCAGCAGGAUGCACAAAACACAUUAAUUUGAACAUGGAGGUUCCUCCUAUACCACCUUCGAAUCUUGUCAAUUGUAGUAUCAUAGACCUGGAUUAUGAUCUGAAGGUGGAAUGUGUGGUAUCUGGUAUGCAUUUUAACCUAAAGGAUAAAAAGUACAUCACAAUCGGAACAGUUCCACUUGUGGGCGUCGGAGCUACUCCUUCAGCCCCGAUUAUGCCUGAUACACCUAACCAGCCUGCUGUAUUGCCCGUCUCUCCUGGCGAACCUGCUCAGCCAGGACCAGGGUCAGGUGGCGAGGUAGGACCAGGUGGUUGGGUCGUACCAGGUACUGCGCCUGCGCAGCCACCUUACCAAUCUUUGUAUCCAACGCUCACUUCUCCUGUAUACAGAGAGUCUCCCUAUGGACGCAACAUACAAGAUCGUAGCGAGAGCCAACAUAUGGCGAUUACGGGGCCUGCUAAGUUUGCCCCCUACUACCCGACAUAUGCUGUGCAGCCACCACCUUUACCUCAGUAA